UGGUCUCCUCGUCGCAAUCAAAGAACAGUCGUUCCAUAAAAACAUAUAUAUCGUCGUCUCCUAUACCGUCCUGUAAAAGCACACCCACUAGUUUCGUGAAAACGUCAGGCAUGGCCAACACUCUCAAUCGCAGAUUAGAAGUCACCGUCAUCUCCGGCGAAGACCUCCGCAUCAAUGACAGGCCCAUCAAGAACAACGCCUUCGUCACCGUCAAGGCCGACUGCGGCUCCCCAUGGUCGCACGACUCGACGAAACCCGACGACCAGGGGGAGAGCUACCCUUACUGGGACGAGAAGCUCCACGUGGACUUGCCCGCGGGCUCACGCCACCUCGUCGUGGAGGUCCUCCGGAGGAGCUCCUCGGCCGGAGACAGACCCGUCGGGACGGCGUGGAUUCCAGUGUCUGACUUCAUCUACACGAACUACGCGCGCUUCUUGAGUUACAGGCUGAGAGACGCCAAGGGCCUGCGCAACGGGAUCAUCAAUAUCUCAGUGAGGGUCGUCUCGUCGUCGUGUAAAGAGAGUUUGUCGUGUAAGGGGUGUUCGUCGAGUUCGUCGCCUUCGGUGCCAGAGUUCGGGAUGCCGGCGGAUCGAGAGAAGAACAGCGGGACGGUGACCGGCGUGCCGGUUUGGUAUCCCGAUGGAUGGAAAACUUGAGAGAAACGUGUUACGGUUUGGUUCUGGUCAUGAAAAUGAUCGUCGUUUUGGUGGAGAGAGAGAGAGAGACUUAUUGAUUUUGUAAGACUUAUUACUUUGAUGUCUUCGAUCCCCAUUUGACUGGUUCGAUCUGGUAGAGAAUGACUCUCCAAUAUGAGAUUUGCCUUUGCGUUGCUCAAGUA